AAUAAUUUUAUUCACAUUUUUAUUUAGAGCCUACUUGGAAGGUAAAAUGUAUCCUUUAGUAUUUAAAAAUAAUAUAUUUAAAAUAGGAAAUAAAAUUUCUUCCCUGUCAUCUUUGGUUUCUUCUUGAUAUCCAGCUUGAGAUGAAGCUGCAUCAGUUACAAAGACUCAGUGAACACACAGUUGAAAUAAAACAUGUGGUAUACGACCUGUGUAUCACAAGCUUUAGAGUCCUGUGGCCUCCAGAAUUAUUUUUUCUGAAGAAACUAGAGAAGGAAAAUUGCAGAGAAAAAUAAAGCUUGAAGAUCAUUCUCAUUGACAUCAAGGCAGUUAUAACUGGAGUGGAAAACAUUUAUAUCCCAAUAUACUCAACACUACAGUAAUAGCUAUUGAUCUCCUGGAACAGAAUAAGGGAUAUUUAAAAUUAUCUUGAUUCAAGUGGUUCUGGGAAUCUCCUCUUCUUUGCUGACCCAAGCACUGUCUGACACCACAUCCCCAGUUGCCUGCCCUUCUUUCUCUCUCUCUCCCCCUCACUCUCUAUUUUAUUUUACACUUUACUUUAUUCUCUCUCCUUAGCUUCUUCUCCUCCAUCUCUACUUUUUCCAUCUCUCCUUCCACCACUUCCUUUUCUAUCUGUGUGAUUGAUAUGGUACAUAGACAAGAUACAUGUAAAAAUAAUCAGAAUUCAUGGACUGUAGCAUACAGUGCAUUCUUGUGCCUACUGCAGGGAAAGAGACAUACAACAGCUUUGCAAUCUGACUGGCAGAUAAAUUCUACUUUCAAAGUAAUAAAAGCUUAAGUGACCUGUCUCUGGCUGAAAUAUAUUAGCCUCUGGAGCAUUCAGAAUUCUAACGUGGAAUCUUUUGAAGGUACAAAAAUGGUCACCCUUUAAUGAGUGCUCUAGCAGGGACUGAAAAGACAAGCCUGCCAAGGAAGAUAUGCAUUCAUUCUUUACUACUUUUACCUAAUUAAUGAAAUUCUGUUAAUCCCUCAGUGAGGUGACAUGUCAGAAUGUAAAGUUUUGGUCUAUUAUAAGGAUACUUAGGGCUUUACAAACACAUAUUAUAAAGACAAAAAGAUUUAUGUUUGCAGAGUCCUAAGUAUCAUUAUUAUAUUUCAUAUUGUCUUGAUCAAUGUAAAGUUCUCAGGGGGCUGGCCUGCUCCCUGCAAUGCAUAGUACAGCAUCACACAUUCAACGACACAGUUCCUUAAAGGUCUCGUAGGCACGGAAUUGUAUAAAUGUGUACCUGUGCAGGACGCUCCCCCGCCCCCCGUCUUUAAUUACAAACAUGCUCUGGGUAGACCUAGCCUUAUCCUUAAUGCAUUUGUGCUGAUCAUGUGAAUUUCCUAGCACCAUUUCCCCGGGGCUCAGAGACACAAAGCACAGUAUACACAACCACCCGCUACCCCACCCAAACACACUUUUCUUUCAGUCCGGGCACCAGAAACGUCACGAACCCAGAUUUCUGUAACUUUGCGCUGAAGUACCCUCGCCGUGAUGAAGCUCCCAGCAUCCAGCUGGCCCGCAAGUGGACUCAGGGCACCUUCGCUCAGCAGAAAGAUCGGCAACGUUUUUGUCUCUCCCAAGGCUCACGCUCCCCUCCCCGAAGCACGAGAAGGCCCCCAUGCACUUUUCCCAUCGCCCACCAGCAGGACACCUGCUUCCUAGGCCAGUUUGCCAAAGGGCUAAAAGGGAAGCAAGACACGUAUCAGCGGCGAACUGCCUGGGUUAAUUCCUGAUGCGGGGCUGCGGGCUGGUUGGGGGGGGGGUGUGUGUAAGGAGGGGGGGGGGGCGGUGACGACGACGACGACGACGACUCCCUCUUCCCACUUUCCCACCCUCGGCUCCAGCCGGUAGUGGUGCAUCGAGACGCUGCUUCCAGGAGCUGUCCAUGAGCUCAAUCAGCGGCCCAGCCUCCUCGCCGGCGGGCGGGCUGCUCUGGGUGAGGGCCGCUCGCACAAUCCACACGCGGGCUGGGGCAGGCUGGGGUGCGCGGCUGCCGCAGAAGCCGCCCCGCCGCGGAGCCCGAGCGGAGGCACCGCCGCUGACUUUCACGGGCAAGGUCAUGCAGUGACCGGCUUCCAGCCCUUCCCACCCAGCGCUGCCGGGCGCGCCGGGGGCCUGGGCUGGCUGGGACGCCGCUGUGCUCUGCGGGGGCCGCUCGGGGCUGCGGCCAGGGGAGGCGAGACGCGGGGCUCUGGGGCGAUCUGAGCUCCCUCCUCCUGCCCUCGGCGCUGUCAGAGGAGAGGCCGGGAGGCGGCCGCGGCGGUCGCAGGCGGACGCCGGGCAGCAGGGCCGGGGAGAGCAAAGUGACAGCGAGAAGGAGCCCAGGAGCAGGAAGAUGGCUGCCCCCACCUCCCCCGGCCCGGGAGGCGGGUCCUCUCCCCCCGCCAGCCAGGCACGCAUUCGCCAGUCUGACAGCAAUGCGAGCUUUCUUCGAGCUGCCAGAGCUGGCAAUCUGGACAAAGUAGUGGAAUAUCUGAAGGGUGGAAUAGACAUCAACACAUGUAAUCAGAAUGGACUCAAUGCCCUACACCUGGCUGCCAAAGAAGGCCAUGUGGGACUGGUACAGGAGUUACUGGAAAGAGGGUCAGCAGUGGAUUCAGCUACUAAGAAAGGGAAUACAGCCCUGCACAUUGCAUCCUUGGCGGGACAGGCUGAAGUUGUCAAAGUUCUGGUUAAGGAAGGAGCCAAUAUUAAUGCACAAUCUCAGAAUGGUUUCACUCCUUUAUACAUGGCAGCUCAAGAGAACCACACUGAUGUGGUAAAAUAUCUGCUGGAAAAUGGAGCCAACCAGAGCACUGCUACUGAGGAUGGUUUCACCCCACUAGCUGUUGCACUACAGCAGGGACACAAUCAGGCAGUGGCCAUCCUCUUGGAGAAUGACACCAAGGGGAAAGUGAGACUGCCAGCUUUGCACAUCGCUGCCAGGAAAGAUGAUACAAAAUCAGCAGCACUCCUGCUCCAAAAUGACCACAAUGCUGAUGUUCAGUCCAAGAUGAUGGUGAAUAGAACAACUGAGAGCGGCUUCACGCCUUUGCACAUAGCUGCACACUAUGGAAAUGUCAAUGUGGCGACACUUCUGCUCAACCGAGGAGCUGCAGUGGACUUCACAGCCAGGAAUGGAAUCACCCCACUGCAUGUGGCUUCCAAAAGGGGAAACACAAACAUGGUGAAGCUUUUGUUGGAUCGUGGAGGGCAGAUCGAUGCCAAAACCAGGGAUGGACUGACUCCACUCCACUGUGCCGCACGAAGUGGGCAUGAUCAGGUUGUAGAGCUCCUCCUGGAACGGGGUGCCCCACUACUUGCAAGGACCAAGAAUGGACUCUCUCCGCUUCACAUGGCUGCUCAAGGUGACCACGUGGAAUGUGUCAAACAUCUACUGCAGCACAAAGCUCCCGUUGAUGAUGUCACACUGGAUUACCUGACUGCCCUACAUGUUGCUGCACACUGUGGCCAUUAUCGUGUCACCAAGCUUCUGCUGGACAAGAGAGCAAAUCCCAAUGCUCGAGCACUGAAUGGUUUUACUCCACUGCACAUUGCCUGCAAGAAAAACCGCAUCAAAGUCAUGGAACUCCUGGUGAAAUAUGGGGCUUCAAUCCAGGCUAUAACAGAGUCUGGCCUCACACCAAUACAUGUGGCUGCAUUUAUGGGCCACUUGAAUAUAGUCCUCCUCCUGCUGCAGAAUGGAGCCUCUCCAGAUGUCACUAACAUUCGUGGGGAGACUGCCCUACACAUGGCGGCACGUGCUGGGCAGGUGGAAGUGGUCCGCUGCCUCUUGAGGAACGGUGCCUUGGUCGAUGCCCGAGCCAGGGAGGAACAGACUCCACUGCACAUUGCCUCUCGAUUGGGUAAAACAGAGAUUGUCCAACUGCUGCUACAACACAUGGCUCACCCUGAUGCCGCAACCACUAAUGGGUAUACCCCACUGCACAUCUCUGCCAGAGAGGGGCAAGUUGACGUAGCGUCGGUUCUCUUGGAGGCAGGUGCUGCACACUCUUUGGCCACCAAGAAGGGAUUCACACCACUGCAUGUGGCAGCCAAAUAUGGAAGCUUGGAUGUGGCAAAACUCCUCUUGCAGCGUCGUGCUUCUCCUGAUUCAGCUGGCAAGAAUGGCCUCACCCCACUCCAUGUAGCUGCUCACUAUGACAACCAGAAGGUGGCUCUGCUGUUGCUGGAGAAAGGUGCCUCUCCCCAUACUACUGCCAAGAAUGGAUACACCCCUCUGCACAUUGCUGCCAAGAAGAAUCAGAUGCAGAUAGCUACCACGCUGCUGAGCUACGGAGCCGAGACCAACAUUCUGACCAAACAGGGAGUGACCCCGCUGCACCUGGCCUCUCAAGAAGGUCAUGCUGACAUGGUUACCUUGCUCCUGGACAAAGGAUCCAAUAUCCAUGUGGCAACUAAGAGUGGAUUGACAUCCUUGCACCUUGCAGCUCAGGAAGAUAAAGUGAACGUAGCUGAUAUACUGACAAAGCAUGGUGCAAACCAAGAUGCUCAGACAAAGCUGGGCUACACUCCUUUAAUUGUAGCUUGUCACUAUGGAAACAUCAAGAUGGUGAAUUUCCUCCUGAAACAGGGAGCCAAUGUCAAUGCUAAAACAAAGAAUGGCUACACUCCUCUGCACCAAGCUGCUCAACAGGGUCACACUCAUAUCAUCAAUGUUCUACUCCAGCAUGGGGCCAAGCCCAAUGCCAUCACUGCUAAUGGUAAUACUGCCUUAGCGAUUGCAAGGCGCUUGGGAUACAUCUCAGUGGUCGAUACUCUGAAGGUGGUAACAGAGGAGGUCACCACCACCACAACUACUGUGACUGAGAAACACAAGCUGAAUGUACCUGAGACGAUGACCGAGGUCCUGGAUGUUUCAGAUGAGGAAGGUGAUGACACAAUGACUGGAGAUGGAGGAGAAUACCUUAGGCCAGAGGACUUGAAAGAACUAGGUGAUGACUCUUUGCCCAGCAGCCAGUUCCUAGAUGGUAUGAACUAUCUGAGGUACAGCUUGGAGGGAGGCCGAUCUGACAGCCUGCGGUCCUUCAGUUCAGACAGGUCCCACACGUUGAGCCAUGCCUCCUACCUGAGGGACAGUGCCAUGAUUGAUGAUACAGUCAUAAUACCCAGCCAUCAGGUAUCAACUCUGGCCAAGGAAGCAGAAAGGAAUUCGUAUCGCUUAAGCUGGGGCACUGAAAAUUUGGACAAUGUGGCGCUUUCUUCAAGCCCUAUUCAUUCAGGCUGCCUGUCUGCAAAAAAGGAGAUUGGAUCAUUGCUAACAAGCUUCUUGGUUAGCUUCAUGGUGGAUGCCCGUGGUGGUGCCAUGCGAGGUUGUAGACACAACGGGUUAAGGAUCAUUAUUCCUCCUCGGAAAUGCACUGCCCCAACACGAGUAACCUGCAGAUUGGUGAAACGCCAUAGACUGGCCACCAUGCCGCCGAUGGUGGAAGGAGAAGGUCUGGCCAGCCGCCUGAUUGAAGUUGGACCUUCUGGAGCUCAAUUUCUUGGUAAACUUCAUCUGCCUACGGCUCCUCCCCCACUAAAUGAGGGAGAAAGCUUGGUCAGCCGAAUCCUUCAGCUGGGGCCUCCUGGAACCAAAUUCCUUGGGCCUGUGAUCGUGGAGAUCCCCCAUUUUGCAGCUCUGCGUGGGAAAGAGAGAGAGCUGGUAAUCCUGCGCAGUGAGAAUGGGGACAGCUGGAAGGAGCAUUUCUGUGAAUAUACUGAGGAUGAACUGAAUGAAAUCCUCAACGGAAUGGAUGAAGUACUUGACACUCCAGAGGAGCUUGAGAAGAAGCGUAUCUGCCGUAUCAUCACCAGGGAUUUCCCACAGUACUUUGCAGUGGUGUCCCGGAUCAAACAGGACAGCAACCUCAUUGGACCUGAGGGAGGUGUGCUUAGCAGCACUGUAGUACCACAAGUGCAGGCAGUCUUUCCAGAGGGCGCACUAACCAAGCGAAUUCGUGUCGGCCUGCAGGCCCAACCUAUGCACAAUGAACUUGUAAGGAAGAUUUUAGGGAACAAGGCAACCUUCAGUCCUAUAGUCACCCUGGAGCCAAGAAGGAGGAAAUUCCACAAGCCAAUCACAAUGACUAUUCCUGUCCCCAAAGCCUCCAGUGAUGGGAUGAUGAAUGGUUAUGGGGGAGAAACACCCACUUUAAGAUUACUAUGCAGCAUAACAGGUGGAACUACCCCUGCUCAAUGGGAAGAUAUUACAGGAACAACACCAUUAACGUUUGUCAAUGAAUGUGUUUCCUUCACAACAAAUGUGUCUGCCAGGUUUUGGUUGGUAGACUGUCGACAGAUACAAGAAUCUGUUACUUUUGCCUCCCAAGUGUACAGAGAGAUUAUCUGUGUGCCCUACAUGGCCAAAUUUGUUGUGUUUGCCAAAUCACAUGAUCCCAUUGAAGCUCGAUUAAGGUGCUUCUGCAUGACAGAUGACAAGAUGGAUAAAACACUAGAACAACAGGAAAACUUUGCAGAAGUUGCCAGAAGCAGGGAUGUAGAGGUAUUAGAAGGAAAGCCUAUCUACGUUGACUGCUUUGGCAAUCUGGUGCCACUAACAAAAAGUGGGCAACAUCAUAUAUUCAGUUUUUAUGCCUUCAAAGAAAAUAGACUUCCACUGUUCGUCAAGGUACGAGACUCCACUCAAGAACCUUGUGGGCGACUAUCAUUUAUGAAGGAGCCAAAAUCUACAAGAGGGCUAGUCCAUCAAGCCAUCUGCAACUUAAAUAUCACAUUGCCACUUUACACAAAGGAAUCGGAAUCAGAUCAAGAGCAGGAAGAAGAGGUUGACAUGACCUCAGAAAAAAAUGAUGACGAGACAGAAUCUACAGAAACAUCUAUCCUGAAAAGCCACCUGGUUAAUGAAGUCCCAGUACUAGCCAGUCCAGACUUGCUAUCUGAAGUUUCUGAGAUGAAACAAGAUUUGAUCAAAAUGACUGCCAUCUUGACAACUGACCCUUCUGAUCAGUCAGGUUCCAUUAAGGUGAAAGAUCUUGGGAAAGCCACUGAAGAAGAGCCAGGGGAGCCUUUUGAAAUUGUGGAAAGAGUGAAAGAGGACUUAGAGAAAGUAAAUGAAAUUCUCAGAUGUGGAACCUACUCAAGAGAAGACCACAUACUGCCGAGGUCCCAUUCUGGACGAGAGUUAGUGGAAGAGGAAUGGGUUAUUGUCAGUGAUGAAGAAAUUGAAGAGGCCAGACAAAAUGUUCCUUUAGAAGUAAUUGAACCUGCUUGUAUAGAACUUAGGAUAGGAAAAGGAACAACAGAGAUAAGAAAGAAAGACAUGACAGGAAUGGUAGACUAUCUUACCGAGGAUUUAAAAACCUAUGUGUCUCUUCAUGAGGUGGAGCCACAAACAUUCCAAGAAGAUUUAGUAGAAGAGAGAUUUGAAGCUGUUGUUAUAAGCAGGGGUUCUGAAAAAGGAGAACAGGGCUCUCCAACAGCUGAAACUCAAGGUACACAGGAACAAUGCAAACCAGCCUUGGAAAUUAAAAAACCAAUUAGGAGGAAACUAAAAGAUAAACAAAGGCAAAAGGAAGAAGAGGGAGAGACACAAAGCAGUGAAGAACAAUCAGGACUAACAAAGUUCAGUUCUGAGGAGUCAUUAGAUGAUGAGCCAGGUUUAACACCUGCAGCUGUUCCUGAUGUUAGCGCUGUAUCCCCUGUAAUAGAAGAAACACCUAUUGGCUCCAUAAAAGACAAAGUAAAAGCUCUUCAGAAGCGAGUGGAAGAUGAACAGAAAGUACGUUCAAAACUGCCUGUCAGAAUCCAACCAAAAGAAAUAACUACUGAGAGGCCUAUUACAAGGCCAGUGCAAGCUAAAAAAAUAGUGCACAAAGCACAGCCACCUGUUUCACCCUCAGCUAAAACAGAAAGACUUGAAGAGACUAUGUCAGUCCGGGAGCUGAUGAAAGCCUUCCAGUCAGGGCAAGAUCCAUCCAAGAAUAAAUCUGGGUUGUUCGAGCACAAAGCUAUCAAACAAAAGCAGCAGCUCUCUGACAAAGAACCAACUCAGAGAGAAGCUGUUUAUUUAGAAAGUGAAACAGGGCAGGUACCACCACUUAGGAAAACAAACAAAAAAGAGAAGCUGACAGUCAAACAAACCAAAGUCCUUAAGAUAGAUAAAGAUUCCUCAUCAAAAAAAGGACCAAAAUCUUCUUCUGAUUACGCUAAAGAGGAAACUGUAGAUAGAGGCCAAGUAAAAGAACAAAGCUAUAAAAGAACUGAACCUUUCUCUCCAGUAUUUGAUGAAGAAAGUUCCAAGGAGGCAGCAGUUGUGAAGGAAAGUACAGCUGAUGAUGACCAAGGAGACACUGACUUCCAGAUCAGCCCAGACAGAAAAACUUCAACCGACUUUUCCGAUGUCAUUAAAGAAGAGCUUGAGAGUAAUGACAAGUACCAGCAGUUCCGACACCUCUCAGUCACUGAGGAGGGAGAGCUUCACUUAGAGCAAGUACUGAUCAGUCCUUUCAGUGUUACCUUCCCCUCAGAGUAUGUGAAAGAUGGCUUCCUACCUGCUCUCUCUUUGCAAAGUGGUGCUUUUGAUGGAAGCUCAGAAAGCCUUAAACAUGAAGGUGUAGCAGAUUCUCCUGGUAGCCUACUUGAUGGAACCCCUCAGAUCAGUUCUGAGGAAAGUUAUAAGCAUGAGGGUCUGGCAGAGACUCCAGAAACAAGCCCUGAAAGUCUGUCUUUCUCACCAAAGAAAACUGAUGAGGAAAUUGGAGAAACAAAAGAACCCACUAUAGUGCAUAGAGUAGCAGAGACAUGUUCGCCAAAGGAACUCUCUCCAAUGAAAGGUGAAAGAGGUAUUGCUGCAGAACAGCUAACUGCAGAUACUGAAGCUAUCAAAUCUCAUUCCGAUCAUUUAUCAGAACACGUACCUUCAGCCCCUGAGAAAGGGGCAGGCAAACUUACGGAUAGUAGCUCAGCUUCCAUUAUGAAAGAUGUUAGCAGUGCAAAAGAAUCCAAAAGCACUGAACACACACAUGUAACUAAAUCUUCUGAAAUGUAUGACAGCUGUUUAGAGAAAGAGAUGACCUGUGAACAUCAUGUUGUUAUUAGAAGUCCCCAAGGGUUGGAACUUUCCCUUCCUAGUCAUCACAGUGACAGCUUUAGCCCAGUGGCAGAUGAAUCCCUGGCUAUAAGUCAUAAAGACUCAUUGGAAGCAAGCCCAGUGCUGGAAGAUAACUCAUCACACAAAACACCUGAUUCCCUGGAGCCUAGCCCUAUGAAAGAGUCGCCAUGCCGUGAUUCACUUGAAAGCAGCCCUGUAGAACAAAAAGCAAAGGCUGGCAUUCUUACAGGACAGGUUCCCCUUCAGUCUUUCCCUACCAGAGCAGAAAUGUUCCCAGAGCUGGCAUCUAUGCGUUCCAGAAUUCUCCGCGAACCUGAUGGAAGUGCUGAAGAUGACAGUUUAGAACAAACAUCCCUCAUGGAGAGUUCUGGGAAAAGUCCUCUUUCACCUGACACUCCUAGCUCUGAAGAAAUUAGCUAUGAAAUUACACCCAAAACUGCAGACUCGCAGGCACUUUCAAAUAUAUCUAAGUCAGCCACAAUCACUGAAGUCAGUGAAGAACCAGAGGAUGAUUCAGAAAGUGAACCAAAGAAGAGGUUCACUCCGGAAGAGGAGAUGUUUAAAAUGGUGACCAAAAUCAAAAUGUUUGAUGAAUUGGAACAAGAAGCAAAACAGAAAAGAGAGUACAUAAAGGAUAAAAAGCAAGAGGAAUCUUCUUCAAUUCAUGAUUCAGGUGCUGCAUAUGAAAAUGAAGUACCAGAGCCAACAGCCAUUGAAGAAAAACAUAUACCUACAGUAGUGAUGUCUUCUGCAGACACUAGGAAAAGUUCUUCCUCUUCUGAAAGUGAGCCAGAAUUGACUCAGCUGAAAAAAGAAGCUGACUCAGGCCUCUUAAUGGAGCCUGUAAUUAGAGUGCAACCUCCUUCACCACAUCUGUCGGGGGUAGACUCCAGUUCCAGCCCUGAAGAAGCAGGAUUUCAACCUAUUGACCCCAAACAACAUGUUUUCAGGAUGGAGGAGUAUAAAGCAGAAUCAGAUAAGCCCACAAAGGGAGACAAAGAGGAACCACCUGUGUUUGGUGAUAGCUGUAAAGCUUACACUGAAGAAUCAAACGUUUUUCACUCUGAUACUGGUAUCAUAGCAGAAACUGAUGAAUCAAAGUGUUAUUAUAGUACAGAUGAAAGUGCGACAAUUAGCCCUACUGGCCCAGUGACACGACUUGAUGGUGCUUUCUAUCAUGCAGUUGGUGAUGAUGCUCAAAAAGAAGUUUGGGUUCAUCAGCCGCCCCCAGCACUACAGCAACACUAUGCUUCUCAGAAACAGACUGAUGCAGCUGGAAAGUUAACACAUGAAGACCUCAGUGCUUCAGGGGAUUUGUCUGGGAAAGUAUUUGGUCCCUUUGGACUUGAUACUUCUCAUAGUUCUGCAUCACAAGACGAUGCAUUGGCUGAAGAUGUUUCCCCUGCAAGCUCUGCUUUGGGAAGUGGUUUGACAAAAUCAGACAAAGAUUUUGAGACAUGCCAAAGUGUUUCUUAUAGUGAGGCGCCUUCCAAAGAAUAUUCAUCCCUUACCACUAAAAAGGAUGAAUUUGAAGGCUAUGCAGCAGAUACUGAUGAAAGUGGUGCUCCACAUAUAACAAGCCCAUAUGAAAAUGUCCCUUCUGAACAAUUUUUCACUAGCUGUGAAAGUAGGAUAGAAACUGAUACAAGGCAAAUGACCAGUCCAUCAUCCAGAGAUGCUCAUUUUGUUGAAGUAGAAACAACGAUUGAGGACACAUUAGUGGCAGGUUCCCUUAGCAGACUUACUCCUCCAGGUGAAGAUCAAACUUCAGAAGAGGAAUAUAUGGAAGUAAAGUCAAAACAGAAAAUAUCAACUUCAGUGCCUUCAGCAGCAGACCCCAUAGCAUUAGAUCAAACUGCCCUUGAGUAUAUAAAAGAUGACGCUGAAAAACUGAUCAGCCAAGUGGUCAUCACCAAAACAGAUGUGGAUUCUGACAGGUGGAGUGAAAUACGUGAAGACGAUGAAGCUUUUGAGGCUAGGGUAAAAGAGGAGGAGCAAAAGAUUUUUGGUUUAAUGGUGGACAGGCGGUCACAGGGUACAACACCUGAUACCACACCAGCCAGGACACCCACAGAAGAAGGGACACCAACUAGUGAACAAAACCCUUUUCUCUUCCAGGAAGGAAAGUUGUUUGAAAUGACUCGAAGUGGAGCCAUUGACAUGACCAAAAGGAACUAUGCAGAUGAAAGCUUUCACUUUUUCCAAGUGGGGCAGCAGUCUCAAGAAGAAGUUUCUUUAUCUGAAGAAAUGAAAGAGGCCACAGAGAUGGAAUCUCCUAAACCAAAGAGAUCACCAGAUCCAUUUGCACCUUCAGAAUCAGAUGAAACUGAUAUAGAGGAAAAAGAUGCACUUACAAUAGCAUCACCAGUAUCUGAGCUUUCUGAUAAAUCAGAGGAAAUGACUAGCACAGGUGUGAGUGUAGGCACUACAAAAGCUGAACUUAAAUCUAGAAUUCCCAUUAAAAUGGGUAUUUCAGUUUCUUCAAAAUCACCAAAGAAAGAUAUUGCUGCCUCUGAAGCAGAUCCCUUCUCCAAAGUGGAAACUGAUGAUACAUUUGACAGCAGUCAGGUGCCUUGCCCUAUCUCUCCAGAGAAGUCUGUGAUAGAUGUACAAUUAGAUUUUUCCACAGUCACUAGGUCUGUGAAUUGUGAACAGGAUGAUGAGUCCCCAGACUCUUCACCAGAAGAACAGAGAUCCGUGAUUGAAAUCCCUACUGCUGUCCUGGAGAGCAGCGUGCCGCCUUCUGAAAGCAAAUCCAAAAUUCCUGUCAGAACAACUCCUACUGAACCGCAGUCAUUGCAACAAUCAGAAUAUGAGAUCCUGCCCUCAGAUGGCUUUCUGGACAGCUUGCAAGAUGAAAUAAAGAAUGACCAAACAAAACCAAAGUCUAAAAUUCCUGUCAAGGCAGCUUUCCAAAGAGCCGAGCAACAGUGUGCAUACACAGAAACAUCUAUCAAGAAGCCACAGUCACCCAAAGCUCUUGAUAUGGCAUGCAAACUAUCUAUGAAACAAGAUAAUCGAAGCAAAUCUGAAUCUGAUGCAAGUGUUCCCAUGGAUCCAAAGACUAGGCAUUCAAUAAAAGCUAGGAGUUAUGCUGAAGUGGAAGCAGAGACCAGAGAGAGGGUGGAUGAGAUGAAGCUUGAACUAGAAUCAGAUGAUGUGACAACAGCAAGAUCAAAGAUAUUUUCAUCAAGACUGCCAGUUAAAGGCAGAAGUACCCCAGCUUCCCACAGUACUGUUAGUCCCACAAAAGAACAUAAGGACCAUUUUUUUGACCUUUACAAAAACUCCAUAGAGUUCUUUGAAGAGAUUAGUGAUGAAGCUUCCAAGUUAGUGGAAAGACUUACCCAGUCAGAAAGAGAACAAGAAUUAAUUUCAGAUGAUGAAAGUAGUAGCGCCCUAGAAGUUUCUGUUAUUGAAAAUGUGCCAUCCAUUGAGACCCAGCAUUCAAUUUUCGAAGACAUCUUUGACACCAGGCCCAUUUGGGAUGAGUCCAUUGAGACUCAGAUUGAGCGUAUUCCUGAUGAAAAUGUCCAUGACCAUGCUGAAGAUCAACAGGAUGAUCAAGGAAGAACAGAGGAAAGACUGGCACACAUUGCUGAUCAUCUUGGAUUUAGCUGGACAGAAUUAGCAAGAGAACUGGAUUUCACAGAAGAGCAAAUUCACCAGAUCCGAAUUGAAAAUCCAAAUUCACUGCAGGACCAGAGCCAUGCACUUCUGAAAUACUGGCUUGAAAGGGAUGGGAAACAUGCUACAGAUACAAGUCUUACCCAGUGUCUAACAAAAAUCAACCGAAUGGAUAUUGUUCAUCUAAUGGAGACAAGCCAUAUGGACUCUGUGCAGGGCCAUGGCGCUCGCACCUAUGAAGAAAUUGAACAAACAAUAGGACUGGAUCAUAGUGAAGGAUUUUCUGCACUGCAGGAGGAACUGUACAGUCCAAGUCACAAGAAGGAAGAGGAGUGUUAUAAAGAGAGUGAGCCAUCUGAUCACCCUCCCCUUGUCUCCGAGGAAGACACGUCUGUCAGUUACUCUUCCUUUCAGGAGGCCACUCCCAGGACUGAGACAGACAUAUCAGUUGCAGAGCUCCUGCAACAAGCACACAAAGAGCGAGUGCAAGCUGAGUUCUCAGGGAAACUACAGGAUCUGCCAGAAGAUUCAUCAGCUGCAGAACAGGAGUGCUUUGUCACAACUCCAGAAACAGAAGAAUCCAUAGCACUAAAGGCUGAAAAAGCAGCAGGCUUUGCAAAGGAAAAAUCUAAAGGCUUCACCACAGGAUCUGAGCACGAGAGGCCAUAUCUUCAGACACCAUCAUCCAGUGAGCGAGGUGACUCUGCCAUUGCACAAGAACUUGAAGACCUCCAGCUCUCCCAAGAAGAACUUUCCCCAAGGAGAACUAGUCUGGUUAUAGUGGAGUCAACUGAUGAACAGCCAGCAAAGUGUGAAAGACAUUAUGAUGAUGAAUCUUUUGAAAAGGAGCUAGCAGAGGAAUUAGGUGAGCUAGAGACCAGCUCAGAUGAAGAAGAGAUGGUAACUACCAGGGUCAUUCGCCGCCGGGUGAUUAUUCAGGCUGAUGAUAUGCCAGAAAUACCACCAGAAACGGUGACAGAGGAGCAGUACACAGAUGAACAUGGCCACAUUGUGGUGAAGAAGGUCACCAGAAAGAUUAUCAGGCGAUAUAUUUCACCAGAUGGCACAGAAAAAGAGGAAGUCCUAAUGCACGGAGCACCACAAGAACCUGUUAUGAUUGAAGAAGGAGAUGGGUAUUCCAAAGUCGUAAAGCGGGUUGUGCUGAAGAGUGACAUUGAACAGUCUGAGGUGACAUUCUCUGAACCCAGGGUUCUGAUGGGUGCCUCAGAAUUUCAGGCUGAACCAGUGGAAGGCCGGAAGGUCAGUAAAGUUGUAAAGACCACAGUGGUACAAGGAGAGAGAAUGGAGAAGCACCUGGGUGAUGCUAGUUUAGCCACUGAUCUUCCAUCAGCCAAAGAGGACUUUGAAGAGGCUUUGAGUUUUACAGGUAACGAAAUGAAAGUCCAACUUCCCACUUUAAUAGAGAAAGAGAUCAUGAAAGAGGAUGGAUCAAUUAUUAAAAGGUUUGAGUUGGCAUGGCAGUGAACUUUUAACAAACUAACACUGAAAAUAGUGGAUGGGAGAUUAAAAUGUCUUGAGCAAGACCCUUGGCUGGCAAUGUCUAAAGCAGGGGUAGUCAAUAGGUUGACCACAGACCAAAUCCAGACACUUUUGAACAGACCCCUGGCCUAAAGUAGACCUGACAUACUAAAUGAUGUAAGCUAAUAUAUGGAACACAGUGAAGAAAAAAAAUAAAUAAUCAGGCAUUGGAAAACUCCCCUCUUAGAUAACUAGCAUCAGCAAUUCAAGCUAAGACAAUGUAUAGCUGAUUUUACAGGAGAUGAGGAAUAAUGGAUUGUAAUUAGUAAUUUUGAAAUUAAUUUACACAGCAGCUGAAAACUCAGAUUCCAUAUUCCUUCCUUUUUAACCAUUUAGUUUGAUGAGUAUUUUCAAACAUUUGAGUGUGUGUGUGCAAGAAUGAGCUGGUUUCUGAGUAUGAUUAGAGUUGCUACUCUACUAUGUAAAUCAGGUGCAGCUAUGAGCUGUUCAGAAGUAUUUGGAAUCCAAACCUGGAUCCGAUUUUUUAACUGAGAGGUUAUAGUAUUUGGUUCUGAAUUUCCAGCUAGAUGUCAUCUCUAGCAAGUAUUAUAUGGAGGUUUUUACUGCAUAAGGGAGUCUUUGUAUAUACCAGUCUCCUUGUAACUAUUUUAAACAUUUUUGGAAUAUGUUAAUAUUGUGACUGAUAUUCCCAUAACAUAAAUAGGAUUCUUUUCUAAAACUGAAGAUUCUAUUAUAUAUUUUUGAAAAGUAUAUUGAGAGCAAAAUGUAUUGUGUUUUUAAAAGCAUUUUAUACAGCAUAUUCAAAAUUUUAGGGAAGACAAGUCAUAAUGAAUUGUCUUGCUUUGUGACACUUCCCCUAUCUCCCGAGAGACAUUAUGCCCACUGUUACAUCCAGAGGUCCAAUUUUACUAGAUGCUUACUGAUGCUAGCAGUGAAUUUGGCUCCACCUGGGGUUUAACAAAAAGUUUUGGAGUUAUUUAAAAUUACACAGAACAUGUGUAUGAGAGGGAGCAAGUAGGUUGACUGGGCUUGGAGGAAUAGAUGAUAGCAGUAACGGGACUGGCCCAAACAAGUGACACUAAAUCUGAAAUAUUUACCAGGUAACCACAAAAGCAGAUUGAUACUGAAGAGAGGGUGUGGAGAGGGAAGGAGAACCACAAGACCAUGCACUUCAAAUGCCAGCUUAAUAAGUCUGAUAGGCUCAUGUAGGCUGAUUUACUUUUACUGUAAAUUUCUCUCUCCUCUUUGCAAAGCACACUGUCUCUGCUUCUGUUAAGAGUGGCUACAGAAUAUUUCCAACGUAUGAAUGCAGUUUAUGCAAAAGGUGUCUCCUAAAUGUUUGCUUACUUUUGAAUGGGUUGGGACAUCAAUGAACAUGAUUUAUAGCCUAGGGCAAAUCACUGUCCUUUUGGAGACUGCUGAUAAAUACACAUAUAUCUCACAAGCAGCUAACUUGGCUAGAAGAUGCCAGCAUUGAGAGCUAAGUUUAUUUGUUCUGUCUGAGAAGGAAAAUGAAUUUAAGGCCAGAGGGACUCCCAGAUCUACAACGGUACCCGCUCACUGAGCCCAACAACUGAGAUUGUAAAAUACCAUUAUAAUGUUUUAUAAUCUUUUUGUAGCAGGUCAUUCAUUUAGUAGUGAAUGCCUGACUGAAGUAGUCAGUGAAAGAUGGAACAGUUGUAAGAAGGAUAGUGUAUAAGAGAAACAAAACUUCUAGUGGGCUUAACUUCAGCAUACAGAGCUAAGUAGGAAAGUCCUGCAUGGAUUUCAAAAGCUGUUGCAUGUUGGUGCAUUAGAGCAUAUAUUUUUCCAGGCAUUUGUUAUAAAACUGCAUGAUGUAA